AACCACUCGAAAUCGCUGAUUUAGCCAGGACACAUUGCUAGAAUUGCUCAAUGUCACGAUGACAUGUGGGUUGUCAGAUGAGUGAUUUUGUUUUUGAAGCAUUUCAGUCGUUUGAGUAAAAAUGUGUGAUUUUAGUGAAGAAGAGGAAGUUCUCAUCCUGUACACUGCUUUUGUGUUGUGCAAAAGGACCCGCCAAGCAAAACGAAGGAGGGUGUGGGCGAGAGAAUGGCUUUUAACGCGACCUUCACAUGGUUUCGUUGAAAAUCUUUAUGACAACAUCGCAAGUGGAGAUUUUUUUGGACACAAUGAUUUUCUCCGAAUGACUUCGGAGGAAUUUGAAGAGCUUCUUCAAAUCGUAGGGCCUUAUCUACAAAAGAAAACUACGAAAAUGAGGGAGCCAAUACCACCCAAAUCCCGAUUGAUCAUCACCUUGAGGCACCUGGCCACAGGAGAGUCGCAGAGCAGCUUAACUUAUUUAUUCGUGAUAGCACAAAAUACAAUUUCAAACAUCAUUAAUGAGACUGCGCAAUUUCUAUACCAGUGUCUCAGCAACAAAUAUCUGAAUUUUCCGGACAAAAAGGAAGAUUGGCUGAAGAUCGCAGAAGAUUAUUAUAAAAAGUGGAAUUUCGUUUGCAUAGGCGCUCUAGAUGGCAAACACUGUGAAAUUCAAUCGCCUCCGAAUUCCGGUUCAAUGUAUUUUAAUUAUAAGCAGAAGAAGUCGAUUGUUCUUCUAGCAAUCUGUGAUGCUUAUUACAGGUUUGCAUUUAUUACAUAAUUUUUUUUAUAUUUCGUAAAACUUGAACCAUACGAUUUAUUUUUGCAUAGAUACAUCUACAUAAACGUGGGAGCGAAUGGUCGAGUAAGUGAUGGCGGAAUUUGGAGCCGAACGCAGCUAUGUAUGUCACUCGAGGCAGGUGAACUUGACCUUCCGGAUGAAGCUUUUUUGCCGGGAUCGGAUAUAAAAGCACCAUUCUGUUUCAUUGGUGAUGAUGCUUUUCCUCUCGGUCACCAUCUGAUGAAGCCAUUUCCUGGAGAAAAUCUUUCACCAGAGCAAACAUAUUUUAAUUAUAGAUUGUCUAGAGCCAGGAUCAGUAUCGAAUGUACAUUUGGAAUAACUGCUAAUCGGUUAGUUAAGAUUAUUUGCUGGAUCGAAUUUUAUUUAAUUAAUGUAUUA